UCGUAAGGUUGUUGUGAGACGAAAGGCCUGACGGUGAUGCUGAGGGUGAUGAGCAGGGCCAGAAAAUGAGGCUGGGAUUCUAGGUCCUUACAUCAUUGGGUCGCAUUAGCGUAUAGUUAAGUGAAUAUUACAUAAGCGCGGCCACUAAACCUACCUAGGUACUAUUAGUUAUCGAGCUCCCAACAACCUCGAAUCUUCGUCAAUGCAAAGUUCCUUGCCGCGGCCGAGCUCCAUUCCUCCCGUAUAACCAUCGUCUCCUCUCCGGAUGCCCGAUUGGCAACCAAGCUAACAUCGAUGGCCUCGCGACAAGCUCCGCCGCUGGACGAGAUCCAGUGGCGCGGCCCCGCGCCGCAGGGCAUCCACUCGAACUCGGUGCUGUGGUACUUCUCGGACUCGCCCUUCUUCGACCAGACGUCCAACAACGCCGUGGUCAUCAACCAGGGUCUCAGCAACCAGAGCAUGCAGAGGCUUCUCGAGACGCGUGAGGCCUUCGAGGGCCGCCUCAAGAGCAUGUCCGGCCUCGAGUUCGUCGUCGCCCAGGAGCCCGCCGACAUGGCCCCAGGCACGGGUACCGGCGUGUGGGUCAUCCGCAAGCAGACGCGUCGCAAGAGGGCCGGCAGCGAGGACGAGAUCACCGUGCAUGCGACGUAUUUCGUCGUCGGGGAGAACAUCUACAUGGCCCCCACACUGGCGGAUGUUAUGAGCUCGAGAAUCGCCACCAUCUCAUCAGCCAUAAGCAACAUCUUCCCCGCCGCAGACAACGUGCAGAAUUGGUCGCCAGCAUCGGGUCGAGUCUACAAGAACCCCACUCCAACCGCCACAAGUCGACCCAAGGGGCUGGAAUCGAAGGAGGCGACUCCCAUGCCCGACGGCCUAGGCAAGGGAUCUUCGACCAACCAGAAGGCGGGCAGCAAGACAGCGCCAGACUCGCGGCUCGCCGAGGAAUCCCUAGCAAUCCACCUCCGCUACGGCGGCGAAUACAUGGACGAGAACCCCAUCACCGGCCAGCCGGGCAGCUUCCACCUGUCCUCAACAGGCCGCAAGGACAAGCUCGCGGCACCGCCGCCGCAGCCCCUGGGCGGGGGUAGUAUCAAGCGCGACGGGACGGCGCCGCCGCUGCCCGCGCUGAAUACCAAAGUUGCGGCCGAGAACCCGCUCGCCCGCAACGGGAAGGAGACAAAGAGCCCCAGGACCGGCGCGGCGCCGAAGCCCAGGCGGAGGAAGAGCAAGGGCGGCACGACUACGCCGUCGUGAUUUGCGUCCUCUCUGGUCCGAGAUGUGUCGCGCGUGAGUUUCACGGCAGUGGCGCGGCCUUAACUUUCCGCCUUUCCCUUUUUUUCUCUCUCUAGCAUUCAGUAUAGGUAGAUACCCGGAGGCAUGGGCUCGAGGUUGGCGUUGACAUGGAAUGGAUGUGCUUGAUUUUAUGGAAAGAACUAAUAGCUGAGGGCUCCAAUACCUGUGGUGCCCUUGCCAUAGUCAUUCUGGCCUUAGGGUAUCUGAAACAAAUAAAUA